UCCGAUUCAAAUUUGGUGUGCUUAAAGCUCUCCUUAAUGUCUAUUACUGUGCCAAUGUUGAUGUCUUUGUCUUUAAAGCUUACGAAGAUGUAAGCAUUUGUUUAAUUUUUCUUCAAAUCCUGCUCCUGCGCCCCCAGGGGCCACUUGGAAAACAACAAACGAUAUGCUGGAAAACUAGUAGCAAAAUAUUGCACUUCCUUUGGUUAAGAAGUGCAAUUAAAGCAGGAUGCAUGGGAGUACUUCACAAUAAAAGCAGAUUAUAAGAUGGAAAUAUAAGAGUCCUUUGCACACAAUUUGCAGUGAUUGCACAGUAUAACGCUGGUGUGAUAAAGCCCUUUAUCUCCAUUGUCAGCUAAUGGUCAAAACAUAACUGGUUUUUUGAUUCUGAAAUAUUCGAAGAAUUCAGCAUGGUCCAUGCCCCCAACCACCACCAAUACCAACUUAGUACCAUUUCUCUCAGUUCAAAGGGGAGGCUGAUGGGCAACAGUGUGAUUGGCUCAGUCAACAGAAACCUUAACCAGUCCCAAUUCUCCAAUGCUGGCUACAGGCUAGUACCCAAAACUGCUACUCAAUUUGAAAGGAAGCCUAGUGAAAUAAAUGAUAGCUCUGUAGACCACUAGGAUCCCAUCUUUUUGAACUCAAGCCUGUGUUGGUUCUGAAUUGAGUAUGCAAGGUAGAUACAGCUGAUGGAGAUCAAGUUCUUCCAGAUCAUCCAUUCAAGCCCCGUAAUAGAUGCCAGCUCAACCCCACCAUCCAGAAUUAAGUCAUGGAUGAAUUAUGUUUAUGGUGUUCUUCAACUGAUGGCUUUCACUUCCAGCACCAGUAAACCUGAUGAAAAGUUCUUAUGGCAACCGAAGUCGCUGUGUUUGAGGAAGGACCUAAAAUGGGGACAAAUAAGACAAUUUUGACAUCCCCUUUCCCCUCACAUGGUCCACCCAACACUCAUUGCCAUGAUGUCCAUGCCCAUGUUGUCCAAGCUUGCUAAUAUAAAUGUUUAGUCAAGUUUAAAUUUCGUAAGCUUACUGAGAAAUCCAAGUGUACUUUACAUAUCUGUUUUUACUUACCAGAGCAUGGUGUUCAAAGGCUGAGGGCACAAAGGUUAAUUACACCAUCAUUGCAUAAAGAGCAGAAAAGUAGAGGACUGAUAUUUGCUUCUUUCCAGGCCUCAGAGGUGCUCCUCUCAUUCCAUUCUGUUUGGUGCUUUAUUGAAGGAAGUAGCAAACCACUGUAUUUUAGAAUUAUCAAGCCAAAACUGCAAAGGCCCUUCAGUUAUGGCAGAAACUGAGAUCCAACCACAGCUAUUUAAUUUUAAAGGAUUUAAUUUCGCCACAGACUUCAUAAUACCUGGAUAUCUUGAGACAAUAGAAGAUUUUGAAGUCAGGGAUAGUGAUAUAGUCAUAGUCACUUAUCCAAAAUCUGGAACUGUGUGGACCCAGAACAUUUUGUGCUUGAUUUUGUAUGAAGACCACCGGAACGGAACAGGGAAUAUUAGCACAUUUCAUCGUGCCCACUCAGUAGAAUAUAAUCUAAACAAUGUGGAUUUUACCAAGGAACCAUCACCUCGUCUUCUAUUGAGCCACCUGCCAUAUUAUUUGGUUCCAAAGGGGCUGAGGGACAGAAAAGGAAAGGUCAUUUAUGUGUACAGAAAUCCUAAAGACGCUAUGGUGUCCUUGUUUCAUUACAACAAAAUGUUAAAAAGGUUUGAAGAUUCGUUCAAACUGGAGUGCUUCAUGCAGAGAUAUUUAGUUGGGAACGUUAUUUGCAACUCCAUUUUUGACCAUGUGAAAGGGUGGUACACCCAUAAGAAUGAGUUCAAUAUUCUCUUCCUUUCCUAUGAGGAGAUGAUUAAGGACCUCAGAGGCGUUGUAUUAAAAAUUUGCAGUUUUGUGGGAAAGCCCCUGAGCAGCCAAGAGGUGGACAAAGUUGUGGAGCAGGCUACCUUCAAGAAUAUGAAAGCUGAUCCUCGGGCAAAUUUUGAGGUCCCAAUUCAUAGAAAUGCUUUCAAGACAGAGAAGAUAAACCAUCUACGCAAAGGUACCAUUGGAGACUGGAAGAAUAUAAUGACAGUGUCACAGAGUGAAAGGUUUGACAAGGCCUUUCAGGAGAAAAUGAAAGACAUAACUCUCAAAUUCAUCUGGGAUAUUAAAGAGAUACAAAACCAUGAUUAGCAUGGACACUGAAAAAGAAGAUUCUGGGCCACUUUUUGUUCUGCUAAAAAAAAGUUAACUGGUUUGAAAAACAAGAAUUAAAAAAACACAGAGAUUGA